GUUGACAGUUGACGAAGAAGAAGAAGGUUGACUACUAAUUACAUACAGUGUUCCGAUUUUGGGGGGAAAAGGCAGCUGUGUUUCUCUGCUAAUGGGAAUAAUUUCCGGCAUCUGCGGCUGCUUGCGGAGGAGGCUGAUGGUAACGCCCGCCACAGCAGACGGUGGCGCAGAAAAUUCUUCCGAUUUGUUCUUUAAGCUGGAGCAGCUCCAGAUUGCUACUAAUUUCUUCUCCGAUAUCAACCAGCUAGGUCACGGCGGCUUUGGCCCUGUCUACAAGGGAUUGAUGUCAAAUGGUGAACAAGUAGCAGUUAAGAAGUUAUCAUUGAACUCAAGACAAGGCCUAAAAGAAUUCACUAAUGAGGUGAAAUUGUUGCUUAGAGUUCAGCAUAAAAACUUAGUCAUGUUACUAGGAUGCUGCGUCGAAGGACCCGAAAAGAUGCUCGUCUACGAGUAUUUACCGAACAGGAGCCUCGACUACUUUCUUUUCGAUAAAAACAAGUCGCCGCUUGUAGACUGGUCGAAGCGGUUCCGAAUAGUGAAGGGUGUAGCAAGAGGUCUUGUGUAUUUGCACGAAGAAGCCCCGGAAAGGAUAAUACAUAGAGACAUAAAAGCGAGCAAUAUAUUGCUCGACGAUGCGUUGAAUCCGAAAAUCUCGGAUUUUGGUUUGGCGAGGUUGUUUCCGGGCGAAGAGACUCAUUUGAACACAUUUAAAAUCUCUGGAACUCACGGUUACAUGGCUCCCGAAUACGCGAUACAUGGUUAUCUGUCUGUAAAGACCGAUGUCUUUAGUUUCGGCGUUUUGCUUCUGGAGAUUGUGAGUGGAAGGAAAAAUCAUGAUAAGUUUCUCGGAUCUGAAAAGGCCGACCUGCUAAACUAUGCAUGGAACUUAUUUCAAGCUGGGAAAUCAGAGGAGCUAGUGGACGAAAGCCUCGAAAAAUAUAAUUCCGAAGAAGCUAUAUUAUGCGUUCAGUUGGGAUUGUUGUGUUGUCAAGCAAGUGUUUCGAGUCGGCCGGAUAUGAAUACUGUCCACGUCAUGGUAUCGAGUGAUUCGUUCACUUUACCUAAACCUGGAAAACCGGGAAUUCAUGGACGCGUAAGCCAUUGGACUAGUACUACCACUUCUGCUGGUUUUACUAACAUCACCAACGGUAGCACCACCCGUACUGGUGGUGCUACCAGGGCUGAGGCAAUUGGUGAGGACUACUCAAGAAAUUCGAUAUCGUGUUCCUCCAUAGAUGAAGGUAGAUAAGUUGUAUAUAUUACUUGUCGUCAUUAUGUAAUUUUUUUAAUUUUUUUUAAUUAUUUAUCAUGGUUUGAUCUCUCUAGUGAGGCUCGAGUAUCUUCUUCGCUCUGUUUUCGGGGAUUUGAACUCCAUGUACGAAAUGGUAGAUGAAGUAAUUGUUUUAAUGGAGUUUGUGGUGUGGAAAUUUACUUUGAAUAGUUGCCUU